GUCCGGCCACUUCCGGCACGGGAAACUCCAGGCUGCGGCUUCGCCCGGCUUGACAGGCUCGGUCUCUGUGGUCGGCGUGUUGCCUCACCUCGUUCGGCCUCCCGGUCGCGCCCGGCCGCCGCCGUUCCGCCGUCCCUUUCUCGAGCCUCCCCGUCCCUAUGUUCCGGGGCCGGAGUCCGGGAAGCAAAGACCCCCUUGCUCAGUCCCCAUCAUGUCCGAAGUGACCAAAGAGCUGCUGGAGCUGGUGUGGGGCACCAAGAGCAGCCCCGGGCUGUCGGACACCAUCUUCUGCCGCUGGACGCAAGGGUUUGUGUUUAGUGAAUCAGAGGGAUCUGCAUUAGAACAGUUUGAAGGUGGCCCCUGUGCUGUUAUUGCACCUGUUCAGGCAUUUCUUUUGAAGAAGCUUCUGUUUUCCUCUGAGAAGUCGUCCUGGCGGGAUUGCUCAGAGGAAGAGCAGAAGGAACUCCUUUGUCAUACCUUAUGUGAUAUUUUAGAAAGUGCUUGUGACAGCUCUGGAUCAUACUGCUUGGUUUCAUGGUUGAGAGGAAGGACAGCUGAGGAAGCGGCUAGUAUUGCUGGGAGUCCUGCACAGUCUAGUUGCCAAGCGGAGCAUUCUUGUAAGAUACCUUUUUAUUUCAUGAAUGCUGAAAAGUGUCUUUUAUGUAUAGCUGCCUUGGCUGUCGAAGAGCUUGGCUUUGAGCGAUUUCAUGCAUUAAUUCAAAAAAGAUCAUUCAGAACUGUAUCAGAAUUAAAAGAUGCUGUCUUGGACCAGUAUUCAAUGUGGGGAAACAAAUUUGGAGUCUUGCUUUUUCUCUAUUCUGUAUUAUUGACAAAGGGCAUUGAAAACAUAAAGAAUUCAAUUGAAGAUGCAAAUGAGCCUUUGAUAGACCCUGUGUACGGGCAUGGCAGCCAAAGCUUAAUUAACCUCCUACUGACGGGACAUGCGGUUUCUAAUGUAUGGGAUGGUGAUAGAGAGUGCUCAGGAAUGCAACUUCUCGGUAUCCAUGAACAAGCAGCUGUAGGAUUCUUAACAUUAAUGGAAGCUUUACGAUAUUGUAAGGUUGGUUCUUACUUGAAAUCUCCAAAAUUCCCUAUUUGGAUUGUUGGCAGCGAAACUCACCUCACCGUGUUUUUUGCCAAGGAUAUGGCUUUAGUUGCCCCUGAGGCACCUUCCGAACAAGCCAGAAGAGUGUUUCAGACCUAUGAUCCAGAAGAUAAUGGAUUCAUAGCUGACUCUCUUCUGGAAGAUGUGAUGAAAGCCUUGGACCUUGUUUCAGAUCCUGAGUAUAUAAAUCUCAUGAAGAAUAAAUUAGAUCCAGAAGGAUUAGGAAUCAUAUUGUUGGGUCCAUUUCUUCAAGAAUUUUUUCCUGAUCAGGGCUCCAGUGGUCCAGAAUCUUUUACUGUCUACCACUACAAUGGAUUGAAGCAGUCAAAUUAUAAUGAAAAGGUAAUGUAUGUGGAAGGGACUGCUGUGGUUAUGGGUUUUGAAGACCCCAUGCUACAGACAGAUGACACUCCUAUUAAACGCUGUCUACAAACCAAAUGGCCAUACAUUGAGUUACUGUGGACCACAGAGCGCUCUCCUUCACUCAAUUGAGUUGCCUGAGUUUUUAAAGAUGAUUGUAAACGGGUGUUUAAAUGGGGAUUCAUGACUGGCUACAUUAAGCUAAACACUGGUAUUGUUGAUUAACUGUAAAUAACAAUUAAAAACACAUUUUUGGUGUUUAAGAUAUGUUUAAGUUAUUUGUUCUAAAGCUUUAUGUUAAAGGUUAUCCUAUUUUAAUUCUUUCUGUGAAAUUUACUAGCAAAAUUAAGCUUUAAGAGUUCAUCACUUCUGCAGUCAGGUAAUUGGUUGUUAUUUGCCAGAUUACAAACACAAUAUUGCAGCAUUUUUAUAAGACUCAGAUACAGAACCCUGCCUGGGAUCUCAUUCCAUUCAGGUUCAUUUUAUUGUAUUAUUUUUAUCAGCCUCUACACCAAAACUGCAGAAGUUAGUUUUUGUUUUUCAUCGCUAAAAUCUGUUUUCCAUGAGAAAUACUAGUAAAUAACAAAUUCUCAGUCCUGGCCUUUUGAUAACUAAUUUAGCUCUGGCAUGUUUACAAAAAGUGGAAAAUAUGUGGGAACUUGCCAUUUGUUCACAGGUGUGUAGGGAUGUAUCUUUUUACAGUGAUAGGGAGAGAAUCUGUUUGCUAGGAGGUCUUAACACUGUACCUUUCACUGUAUUGCUAAGUACACUUCUCCACCUUUGAUCCUGCAAGCCAGUUUUCUUGUAUAUUUCUAAGCGUGGUAAAUGCAUGAGAACAUCUGUUGUUACUUUAACACAUGGCAUUAUUAUUUAUUAUGGUCCCAGCUAAUACCAUAAAUAAAGACUUUUUUCUUAAACUA